GAACUGAAGGAGAACAUGCUCUGUGUCUGAAAAGCCAAUACAGAAAAUAUACACAGCAAACCAUGUGCCUGCAGCAUUACUGAAGUGAUUUUUUCAGCUCUGCUAAUAGUGGAAAGGGAAGAAAUAAAGCAAUGCUGCAGGCACUGACUGGACUACAGUUUCAGCUCAGAGGAAAGCUACGGGAUCAAGAGUGGACAGACAAAUACCCUCAAGAAGAAGUGCAUGCACGUUAUUCACAGUGCCAUAUGCCAGUUUCACAGUAUCCUGGGUUCAAUGGCUUUUUUCCGCUGGGAACACACUUUUCAUCAGACAAAGCUCCAGCAAUCUCAGAGGUACAAACACACUUGGAAAAUCAGUCUAGAUACCAUAUCCAGCAAAGCCAGAGGCACCAGGUGAAGCAGUAUCUGACCCUUGACACCAAGCUGUCCAGCCAGACCCUCUCCCUGUCCCACUCCCACACAAUCCAGCCUGCAGGAGUGACCUCCAUUUUAAGAAACGGACACAUGCCUCCCGUCAGUGAUAUUGGCACACCAGAGAGCCCUGUUACCAAGCUGCUGGCCCUUGGAGGAGACCAUGAAAAUGCGAUGGAAGAGGUUAUUGAAGAUAUAAUCAAUAUGGAAUCGAGUUUUAAUGAUGAAGGGAUAGGUUGCUCUGAAACUCCUCUAUUAAUGCAAAGAACUCUAUCUAGCAGCAUUUUGGAUAUAUAUAACAGUGACCAGGGAAUGACACCAGCUAAUAUGGGUCUCACAAAUGCUUCUUGUCCAGCUAAUCUACCAGUAAAAAGGGAACUCACAGCAGAUACAAGAGCAAUGGCCAAGGAGAGACAAAAAAAGGAUAACCACAAUCUCAUUGAGAGAAGAAGAAGGUAUAAUAUUAAUUACCGAAUCAAGGAGCUUGGCACACUCAUCCCCAAGUCUAAUGAUCCUGAUAUGCGCUGGAACAAAGGAACUAUUUUAAAAGCAUCAGUGGAGUACAUCAAGUGGCUACAAAAAGAACAACAGAGAGCCAGAGAAUUAGAACACAGACAGAAGAAAUUAGAGCACGCUAACAGAAGACUUCUGCUUCGAAUUCAGGAACUAGAGAUUCAGGCACGUGCUCAUGGCCUUCCAGUCAUAUCUUCACUCAGUGCUGUAGAUUUAGCUGCGCAGGUCAUCAAGCAACAGUCAUAUCCAGAGGAGAACUCUGUAGACUACUCUCAACAAAUGCCUUUGGCACACGGACAAAAUUCUGAUGUUUGUGAUGGAUCUACAGCCUUUUCUGAUCCACUUUCACACUUUACCGAUUUGUCCUUCAGUGCAGCUUUAAAAGAAGAGCAACGACUAGAGGAAAUUUUACUGGAUGACACUGUAUCACCAUUUGGAGCAGACCCACUCUUGUCUUCCACAUCCCCAGCUGCAUCAAAAGAGAGCAGCAGGAGAAGCAGCUUUAGCACAGACGACGGAGAUGAUUUAUAAAAGCAGAAAGGGCCUCACACUUCCUUAAACCACUUUCUAAAAGACUUAGUUGAGCAUAAGCAUGGUGUUUGUGCUUGUUUCAAAUACAAAUAUGGAGAACCACUGUGAAGAUAACAGGUAAGAGUUUAAAUCAGUCCUUACUUCACAGGAAAAUGAGAAGGACAUGAACUCAUAUCACUUUGCCCCAAAUUCACACCAUCUAUUCACAGCUGACAUUUGCACAAAUCUUUCUUCACUGGAAAUGUUUUGAUAAUUGUUCUAUGACUUUUUACAGCACUAUGAAUAUGGUUACGACAAAAGGAAUAUCCUUGUUACACAAAUGUAUUCAGACUCUCUUCGAUCCAUACUUACAUUUAUCUGUUAUAAAAACGAAUUUGUUAUUUUUUUUCAUAACUAAAAUGAGAAUUUUGUAUUAAAAAUUCUACAAAGCAUGAGAAACAAUAGGGAAAUAUUUAAACUGGGAACUGUAGAAAUAUUACAGGUUCUAAAAACUGAAAAAAACAUGGUAACGCAAGUGAAGUGAACAUGAAUAUAAAACUGCAUAACUUGUUUUUAAAAUGAGAAAAUCCAUUAAGUUUUUCAUGCAAUCCUGUUUUUUUUAUAUAUAUAUAUAUAAUUUCAUUUGUAGAAAGAGAUCAUACUUUUAAUAUAUAUUUUAAUGAUACAGAUGAAAAUCAGAAACUAACGUAAUGACAGAAACUCAAAGGAACUCAGAGAAAAAGAUAUGACAUUUCAGCAGAAAGUAUUCAGAAAGACUGUAUGGACGUACAAGACUGAACAAAGAUAAUUCAUGUUAAAAUUAGCACAAUUUAAAACAAGCACUGCUGGUAACAGUGCUGUAUCAGGUGUUUAUUCCAAGAGUAUUCAAGCUGCGUCCUUUCUGUGGAAGGGACCAGAGUAUUUACACAUGCCAGUGUGCUUCUGGACAGUCCUUUCAGUGUCCUUGGACAGCACACUAAGGUUUUGCUAAAGGGACUCUAUCUUAUCCAUACCCAAGCUUUGAUCCAUUUGGAAAUGGAGGAAGAUGAACAGAGUCCCAGUAAACAUAUUGAAACAAGGAGAAUUUAAUUUCAAAUUUGCAGAAAAGACAGGAAGACUUUAAACCAAAUGGGAUAUUCAGAAGUGUUGAUGUGAUUUCCAUAACUUGCAUACUAGGAGUGGGCACUCACAACACAUGUUUUGAUGACUCAUUAAAUGCAUAUCAUUUCUAUACACAGUGAAAUUCUGGAGGGUGAUGUAUGUUCCUGCAGUACAUGAAGUGCAAUCAUUCUUACUGUAACAUUAGUAUGUGGGAAAUAAACUGGCAUAAGUUCUUCAUAGCUCUUCCUCAACCAAGGCCAAAAGAACACACCUGGGAGUCCUCUAAUUCCAAAUAUAUUUCUAAUGUAUGUAUUAAGUACUGGUGUCACUGAGCCCUGCUUCAUUCUUCAGAAAUGUCACAUGAUCAGGAACAGAGAUGAAAAUGGAUUUCUAUUCGUGUGAAUGGUUUAAAUGUAUUUAAACAUUAUCCAAGAACAGAGCAUUUGUUUCCUCCUAUUGCCUACUGGUACCUGGGUCUUCCUAAUAGUCCUCAUGAGGUCUGUAUUCAUCCAGGGCCAUAGCACAUUCCUGACUGACCCUGUAAUAUCAUAAUAGUUUUUUUAAUUGGAAAGUUAGCAGUGAAAUAACAAAUUACAUCUAGAUGUCUAUGAAAGAUAAUGGAAUAUCCAACCUCAUGAGAAUAUUUAUGUUUUUAGGAACCUUGAUGAUUUCUGUGAGCCUAUGCAAACUGCUUGGAUAUAAGUUGAGGAUAGCAGAAUUGAUAUUUUUGUCACAUAUGUAUGAGUUCCCAGAUAGCCCAACACAAACCUAACCCUUCUUAGAGGCUCUGAUAUGCUUCCACUGUAUGGUUAAAAAUUAAUCAAAACAACAAAUUCAUUUUUAUUUAUUUUUUUUUAACAUG